AUGGUGAUGGAGGUGGAGGCCGACAUGGAGCGCGUUCUCGGCGGCUUCAGCCUCCGGCUCAGCGACGGCGGCGACAGUGAUGGGAGCGGCGGCGGCCGGGGAGGAGGAGGGCACGACGAGGCGGACGGCGGGGGCGCGGUGAAGGAGCGGAUCGCGCGGGCGCUGCGGCUGUACAAGGAGUCGAGCAGCGGCGGCGACGGCGGCGAAGGCGGUGCUCUGGUGCAGGUCUGGGCGCCGGCGCGGGACGGGGAGCGCCGCCGCGUGCUGGCCACCCGCGGGCAGCCCUUCGUGCUGCCCUCGCGGUGCCGGCGGCUGCUCCAGUACAGGACGGUCUCGCUGGCGCACGUGUUCGCCGUCGGCGGCGGCGGCGGGCAGGGCGAGCGCGCGACGUGGGAGGAGCGCGGGCUGCCGGGGCGGGUGUUCGAGGCGCGGGCGCCCGAGUGGACGCCCAACGUGCAGUUCUACGGCACCGGCGAGUACGCGCGCAUGAGCUACGCGCUCAUCUACGACAUCCAGGCCAGCCUCGCGCUCCCCAUCCUCGACCCCGCCGAGCCGCGCCGCUGCCUCGCCGUCCUCGAGCUCGUCUUCACCGCCGCCCCCGCCGCCCGCUUCGCUGCCGAGGCCCACAACCUCUGCAAGGCCCUCCAGGCCGUGUCGUUGAGAGGCUCCGAGAUCUGCCACCCCGCGCCACCGACCGAGGUGCGUGCCGCGACUUGCGAACCAUGGAUAUGCAACUCAGAGGCGACUCAGGCGGCCAUGUCCGAGGUGUCGGAGCUGCUGGCAGCCGUCCGCGAAGCCCACGAGCUGCCGCUGGCGCAGGCCUGGGUCAGGUGCAAGCAGUGCACCCGCACGGACGUCAACGACGACGGCCAGCAUUUCUCCCUGACUACGGCCGGCGCUCCGUUCCACCUAGGCGCGCACUACGGCGGCUUCCGCGACGCCUGCGCCGAGCACCACCUGCGGCGCGGCCAGGGUCUCGUGGGCGAGGCGGCGGCGGUGAGCGGGCCGCGUUUCUGCGCCGACGUCGCCAGGCGGUCCAAGGACGCCUACCCGCUCGCGCACUACGCCCGCAUGCACGGCCUGGCCGGGUGCCUCGCGGUGCCGCUGCGUCUACCACUGUCCGCCAUGGACGUCGGCGACGACGGCCAGGUAGAGGAGGAGUGCGUGGUGCUGGAGUUCUUCCUCCCGCCGGACUGCAGGAGCGCGGCGGAGCAGAAGGCCAUGGUGGACGCCGUCGCAGCUACGAUCAGGAAGGAAUGCUCCGGCAAUCACCUGGAGGCGACGAGCGAGCUGCAAGAUUUGUUCUUGGAGGCCGUUCCUGCCGAUGCUGACACUGCCCAUGAACUGAACGAUCGUGGGGACUAUGAUACCAAUGAUUCAGACGAGGAGGACGGUGAUCAAGCAGGAGGCGUCCAUGGCGCAGACCAAAGCGGAGCCAAGGAUCGUGUACCGCCACCGGAGACGAAGAAGAAGACCGGAAGGAAGGCCGGGAGACCUGUCAGUCUUAAGGAGCUGCAAGGAUACUUCUCAGGGAGCCUGAAAGAUGCUGCGAGGAGCCUCGGCGUGUGCCCGACGACGAUGAAGCGCAUCUGCAGGCAGCACGGCAUAUCGAGAUGGCCAUUCCGGAAGAUCAGCAAGGUGAACCGUGCCCUCGGCAAGAUCAGGGCCAUCGAAUCGGUGGAUUGCUCAUCGAAGCCGACUGCUGCUGCUUCUUCCACCUCUCACCGAGCUCCAGCCCCUCAUCUGCCAUGCUUGUCAAGUGCUCUAGGAGAAGAUACCUCUUCCCAGGGCUCAAGCCAAGACCCCCCUCCUCUCAACAAAGCCACAUUGCCCAAGUCUCUGUUGCGGCGCAGCAAUGGCACGGCAGGGGAGCUGGUGACCAUCAAGGCGAGCUACCGAGGGGACAUCAUCAGGUUCAGGGUGCCGUGCUCCGCCGGCGUAGCGGCGGUGAAGGGGGAGGUGGCCAAGAGGCUGGGCCUAGAUGCUGGCACCUUCUACGUCAAGUACCUCGACGAUGACCAUGAGUGGGUGCUCCUGUCCUGCGAUGCCGAUUUCCAGGAGUGUCUUGAUGUUGCCCCAGGACUGCCGGCAUCCGCAACUAUGGCUGGCGGAGCUGGAGCGGUGUCCCCGGUUGUCAGGCUAAUGGUGCAGGAGGUAGCUGAUAACCAUAGGAGCUCUUGUGGUAGCUCAGACUAG